AUGACAGAGCAUGCGAUAGAUGUGUACGCAAGCUAUACGACCCUUGUUAUUGCUGUAAAAAAACCAAUUACUCCAAGACCACCUCCACUAGCAGCCGCUAACCCGGAGUAUGCUCAUUCUGUUGUGCUUCAUCAACGUCUCUUGAACAUGAUGAAAACCCCAACAUUUGUAUUUCAUCUAUUUAUAUUCCAUGAAGUAUUGAAAAUAAUAAAUAUACUGAGUAAGCAGUUGCAGCAAAAAAAUACUAAUUUGAGCAAUGCUACAAAUACCAUAAAUGGAGUGAUAAAAACAUUUGAAGAAAUGAGAAAUAAUGAUCACUUUUCUGGAAUUUGGGAUAAAAUUUCAAAUUUUGCAUAUAAAAAUGAUAUUUCACUUGAUAUUCCAAAAAUCAACACUUCAAUUUUAGAAUCAAAAAGACAGCGUACUGAACCUUAUCAUUUAAGAGACUUUAAUGUUACUGUUGUUACUGGUGCAGAACAACAGCUACCAAUUCAAUGUACAGAAACCGUAGACAAACAAAUUCAAAACUAUUGGCGUAAUCAUUUUUACAACCCUAUUGUUGAUACCAUUUUAAGUCAUUUAAAAUUAAGAUUUUCCGAAGAAUCGCAAGAAUUAGCCCAAGAUUUGUUUUCAAUAAACCUGGAGUGUUUAAAGUCGGAAAUGACAGUUGCUAGAAAUUGUGCAAUUCAACUUAGUAACAAAUUUGGCUUAAAAGAGUUAAAACAGGUAAUCAGUAAGACUGUUUAUCCAAAUCUGUUCAAGCUACUUCAAGUUGCCUUAGUUUUGCCGAUAUCAUCUGCUUCUUGUGAAAGAAGCUUUUCUGCAAUGAGAAGAAUAAAAUCUUGGACACGUACCACGAUGGGUCAGGAAAGACUAUCCUAUCUAACUUAUCUGACUUAUCGAUAA